AUGUCAAGACGGGGGCAGAUGCAUAACGCAGCUCGUACUACACCUCAGGCAUACUCUUUACAGUCGAAUGCCUCGAGGAUUUGCCAAAGAUGCGGCAAGAAUCAUGCUGGACGAUGCAAUAUUGAACCAUCCAGUGUACGAUGUUUUUGUUGUGGCGAGGUGGGACACGUUCGUACAACUUGUCCGCGAAAGGAGGAAGCAUGCUACUCAUGCGGGGUUCUUGGGCAUAAACAGCGAAACUGCCCACGAGGAAAAGGAGCAGAAAGCAAAGCGUCGGUACAACGACCGACUGGGACUACAACCUCCGUUCAAAAAGAGGAGGUACCAAAGGUGCAUGUGCGGGCAUUCCAGAUCACUGCAGAAGAAGCACGUAACGAGCCUGAUGUCGUGACUGGAAAGAAAGAAGAUAAAGGCAAGAACCCGGUGUAG